AUGGAUAUGCUCAAUCUCCCUUCCAUUCUACCCAUAGCAUGGCUACUUUUCUUUUUCUCCCUUAUCAAUCCAUCAUUUUCAACUCGAACCAUCGGCAAUCCAUCUCCAACCCACCACCAUCACAUUCAUCUCACCUUCUACAUGCUCGACGUGCUUAGUGAGUCUCAUCACCACUCACAAAGACCGGUCACGACAAAAUUCACCGGACAGCUGCCCUUUCCCAAACCACUAGGCUUUUUCCCUCCCGUUGGUGGAAUCCCCCUGCCCGAUCCCAAUCCAACUCCAGUCACAACUCAAACGCUUGAUCUACCGGGAAUUGGGAUUUCUUUCCCAGCUAGGGCUGCACUUGAGGAACUCGAGUUUGGGACGGUCACAACCAUAGAUGAGGCCUUAUUUCAAGGUGCGUUCGGUUCGGUGUUGAUAGGAAAAGCUCAAGGGUUGUAUGUUGCGAGCUCGGAAGAUGGAAGUAGCCAUAUGAUCGCAAUGACAGCUAGUUUUGCCGAUGGCAAAUACAAGGAUGGAUUAAGGUUUUUUGGGGUGCACCGGACCGAUGUGUCCGAGUCUCAUGUUGCUGUCAUUGGUGGGACUGGGAAAUUUGACUGUGCAAAUGGAUAUGCAACCAUUAAGACCAUGAAUUUAAGCUCGAACAGUGUGGAGAGAGAGAGUGAAGGAGGUUACAAGGUCCUUGCAUUCAAUAUGUAUCUUGGUUAA